AUCGUGCUAGACUGAGAUACCCAACGCUCGAGUCAUUUAAACAUUUUAGAUAACAUUAGUUUUCACAAAAUCCAGUCCCGAAGAAUUAAGCUCUUUUAUUACAAUUUUAUUGAAAGCUAACGCACGCCGUAUUUUCCAUGGAAAAUAUUCCUGAUAGUUUGGAUGGGAAGAACAAGUAUGAUCUAAGUGAGUUUUCUUCCACUUUGAAAGACCAAAACCAUGAAAAUGAGACUCGGGCAACUGGCAUAAAUAUGAAUGACUCUGGCGAAAAAACUGCGUGUACAAAUAAUCCAAUCGCUAUAUUAAAUAGAACCAGUUUUUCUGACAGUCCUAUUCGACAAUGUGUCCGACAGUACAAGAGACAAAGAAACAAGAUCUUGGGCCGUAUAUUACAGGCAAUUUGUCAAAAUCGAGACAUUAACAUCUACGUCCAGCUAAUGAAACUUUUAAACUGUAAUAAAAAACACAAACGUUCUGAAGAUUCACUAAAUUGUAAGAUUGCAAUUGAUGAUAACACUGCCCUUAGUAGUGUGAAAAAGAAUAAGAAAUGCAAGGAUAAACCGGGAAAUACCCUUUCUACGAUUUCGCAAAUUAAUAAAACACGUACUACCUGGUGUCCAAGUCACAUCACACAAUUUAUUGAGAUUUUAGGCUUGAGUGAACAAAUAUCCAAAGAAAAAACACAUAACUCAAGUUUCAAAAUUACAGAAACAAACAAGAAUCAAAGCUGCCAAAUCCUUAAAAAUAAACCAUUAGCUUUUCUAGAAACUGUCUUGAAAGUUCUGAAGAUGAAAAACUACCCGGAAUUGUUGCUGAUUAUAAAGCCAAGUCAAAAAGCGAUUAUCAACAGAAAUAUUAGAAGAAAUAUUCUUCAGAUUGCCAUUCGUACGAAACCCAAAAUACAAUAUAAAAAGAACAGGAUGGUAGAAUUAUUUAAACCAAAAGAUCAUAAUGCAAACAAGCUUGUUACUAAAGACAAUUGUUUCAGCGAAAAAUCUACACAUUCGCCAAACUCUGGUGACGGUGAUAAAUGUAACUACGAUCUCAAGAAAAUUGCUGAUGACCAUAAAGAAUACGUAAAUCCCAACAAAAUUCAAAGUGCAUCAGAAAAUUCGGCUAAGGCUGAAAAAGAUUCAAGAAACACAAAUGAACCUGUGGAACUUACAAAAUUCCCCAAAACUCCUAAGAAAAUGAUUGAUCUGCGAUCAAUAAAAUGUUCCAAUAAUAAAAAAUUGGAUCAAAAAAAGAAACCAAAACACACAGUAAAAGAUAUAAUAGUUGAAAUAAUAAAGAGCAAUAAGGAGAAAUCUAAACCAUCUUCCCUAUCUUCUGUGAAAUUAAAUGAAGAUACAAAUAUUUUUAAUACAUCUGGAUCUGCCUCAGUUCCUGGAUCAUCGAUGUCUAAAAAAGUAAGCGCUUGCUAUGACAUAAAUUUGACUAGAUCAAACUAUUUACAACGAAAGGGUGUUGAACCUAAGAGCGUGCUAACAGGUCCAAAAUAUUCAUUGUUAUGUAAGAGAACGAACGAAAGUGAUUUAGGGAAUGCACCCGAUCGACCUUUAGCGAAAAGAAGGUCUUCAGGCAUUGAUGAAAGGUUUUUUGAUGAUAAUGUCAUACUGACAGGUGUACCUUGCUCAACAGAAUUCAAUGAGGUUAUUGAAGAAAGAAUAAAGGAUAGUCAAAACAUGGCGAUUCAAAUGUAUAAAUGCAGACAAGAUGAUGACAUUAAAAACGAAAUAUCGAAGUAUAAAAGGUGUUUAUCUUUCCUCGAACUAAAGCAACGCUUCGAAUUAACAAGCACGCUAGGCAAUUUUAUGUGUUGUCCCAUCGACAGACAAAUCUCUUUACAUGUGCAACACUUAAAACAAAGACGUCUCUUAGAACAACAGUUGAACUCUCGGCUAACGCGCCUUGAAAAUAGAUUUGAAAAUUUAUUUGACGGUCUUACCAAUCGACAGACAAAAGUUCUUAAUGUUUUGAACAUGGACUUCGAGAAAAACUCUUUAACAGCUAGAUCCCUAACACUUCCUCUACGUAAAGGACCAACUCGUGAGAACAAACAUUCAAUCUGUUAUCAACAAAUUACGGCUGCACCUUCUAUAAUGAUAACACUUUUGAGAGAAGAUGAAGUUUAUGAUACUUUCUACAGUCACAGGCUCCCUUGGAAUCACUUAUAAAUUCAACAGAAAAUAUUUUUAUUUAUAUUAAAUAAAAUUCUUUUUAUCUUUGAAA